AUGAAGUCUGAUUUCAUUUUCUUAUUAACUAGGUUACAUUCAUUCAUUUGCAAAAUUUUUCAGCCAGAAUUUGUAAGGCAACUCUCAACAGUCCUUGCUACACCAUCUUACUCAAAUUUUGCACGACAAGCAGCUGGUUUGCAGCUUAAAAAUGUUUUGGUAGCUAAAGAAGAUGUAACAAAAGCUGGAUAUCUCGCGAGGUGGCGUGCUUUACCAAUGGAUGUCCGUAACUUUGUAAAGGAAAAUGUACUUCGUACUCUUGGUACUGAACCCUUUAGACCAUCUAUCGCAGCGCAGUGUGUUGCAGCUAUAGCAUGUGCAGAAAUGCCUGGACGAACGUGGCCAGAUCUUAUAAACCGUUUAAAAGAAAGUGUUAUCAGUUCAACCAACAAUGAAAUUUUGCGAGAAGCUUCAUUAGAAGCUCUAGGUUACAUUUGUCAAGAUAUAUGUGGAACCUUGUACGAAAAUGAGUCGAACGAGAUUUUAACAGCGAUUGUUCAUGGACUGCGUAAAGAUGAGCCAUCUAAUCACAUUCGCCUUGCAGCCGCAAAUGCUAUGCUAAACUCAAUAGAAUUUACAAAACAUAAUUUUGGCAGAGAAAAUGAGAGACAUAUGAUCAUGCAAGUAAUAUGUGAAGCAUCUCAGUGUCCGGAAACAGCCGUUAAAGUAGUCGCCAUGCAGUGUCUAGUUAGAAUUAUGUCUUUGUACUAUCAGUUUAUGGAGCAGUAUAUGGAUGCACUUUUUCCGAUUAGUGUUAGUGCAAUGAAAUCUCAUAUUGAUGAAGUUGCCUUGCAAGGAAUCGAAUUUUGGUCGAAUGUUUGUGAGGAAGAGAUAUCUUUAUCUGUAGAAGCUGAUGAAGCUCGGGAACAAGGUCGUGCGCCUGAAAAUGUUUCGCGACAUUAUGCUCGCGGAGCACUAAAUCAUUUGAUACCUAUCUUGACGGAAACAUUGGCGAAACAAGAGGAGAGUGAUGAUGAGGAUGAUUGGAAUCCAGCUAAAGCAGCUGGAGUUUGUAUAAUGCUUCUUGCGCAGUGUACUGGUGACUCCAUCGUUGAACCAAUUUUACCGUUUAUUCAGCAACAUCUAAAGAACCCGAGCUGGAGAUAUCGGGAAGCGUCGAUAAUGGCUUUUGGAUCAAUAUUAGAUGGACCAAACGAGACAGUGUUAACGCGUUUGGUUGAGUCAGCAUUGAUAAGUAUCAUAGCUGCAUUGUCUGAUCCGCAGCUGCAAGUACGGGACACUGCAGCUUGGUGCAUUGGACGUGUGUGUGAUACAUGUGAAGAAGUGGUAACGCGACAGGAAAUUUUGGCUCCAAUGCUUCCUGCUUUGUCAACUGCUUUGCAUCAAGAACCUCGUGUAGCUGCUAAUGUUUGUUGGGCAAUUUCAAGCUUGGCUAAGGCAGCAUUUGAUAUGGCUUGUAGACAAGGAACUGAUAAUAGUGGUCAGCCUGAAACUUAUAUACUGACUUCUUGUUUUGAAGGCAUGGUGAAUGAACUUAUAAAAGCCACUGAUAGACAGGAUGCACAUAUAUCGAAUUUGCGAAUAGCUGCUUAUGAAACUUUAAUGGAACUAAUUAAAAACAGCCCGAAAGAUUGUUAUCCAGUGGUACAAAGUACAACUGUGAUUGUGCUGAGGAAGUUGGAGCAGUUAUUAAACCUUGAAAAUUCACUAGAGUCUUUGAGUGACAAGAGGCAGUUACGAGAUUUGGAGUCAUUGUUAUGUGCAACUUUGCAAUCUGUGCUACGCAAAAUGAGACCAGAAGACACACCGUUUAUUGGUGAUGCUAUCAUGCAAGGUUUACUGCAAAUCAUGCAAAGAUGUGCGGGAAAGGAAUGUGGCGGUGUUAUGGAAGAUGCUUUAAUGGCAGUUAGCACAUUAAUUGAAGCUAUUGGUUCUCAGUUUGCAUCAUAUUUGGAAGUAUUUAAACCAUUUCUGGUUGCUGGUUUACAAAAUCAUGAUGAAGCGCAAGUAUGUUCGGCUGCUAUUGGUGUACUAGUUGAUCUAUGCCGUGCAUUAGAAUCAAAUUUAAUGCCUCAUCUAGAUGAAUUUAUGGGAUUGCUCUUUCAUAUUGUGCAGAGUGAGAAAGUCGAUAAAUUAGUUAAACCAGCUGUGCUUUCGUGUUUUGGUGAUGUUGCAUUAGCAAUUGGCCCUAAUUUUAUCCGUUAUUAUGAAUAUGUUAUGGCUAUGCUAGCUAUGGCUACUUCAACUGCAAAAGUGGAGGACCUUGAAGACUACGACCAUAUUGAGUACGUGGAGCAGCUAAGAGAAAGCUGCGUAGAAGCUUACACAGGUGUUGUGCAGGGAAUGAGAACAGCACAAAGCAGUGAAUUCCAGUUACUGCGAGAUCAGAUACAAAACAUGCUCACUUUGAUUGAUCUUGUCGCUCUUGGUAAUUCACCUGAUUCCUUAAUAGGUGCUGCAUGUGGAUUACUCGGUGAUCUAGUAACGUCUUUUGGUGAGCAUAUUCUACCCCACAUAGAUAAUCAGAAUAUUUCAUCAAUGAUAACUAAAGGAAGACGAAGUAAAGCAAUGAAGACAAAAUCACUUGCUAUAUGGGUAACCAAGGAAAUUCGAAAAUUGAAAUCAGCUAGAGUAGAGAAUCAUAAUUGA